AUGCAUCACCCCACACUGCUCGCCGCCGCCGGCGUUGCCGUGCUGUCGGCCCUGCCCGGAGUCAAUGCCGGCAUGUACACCAAGAGCUCGCCCGUCCUGCAGCUCGACGCCCGCAGCUACGACAAGCUGAUUGCAAACUCCAACUACACCUCGAUCGUCGAGUUCUACGCUCCCUGGUGCGGACACUGCCAGAACCUCAAGCCCGCCUACGAAAAGGCCGCCAAGAACCUCAACGGUCUCGCAAAGGUCGCCGCCAUCGACUGCGACGAUGACGCCAACAAGCCCUUCUGCGGCGGCAUGGGCGUCCAGGGUUUCCCGACUCUCAAGAUCGUGAGACCCGGCAAGAAGCCCGGCAAGCCCAUCGUCGAGGACUACCAGGGCCCCCGUACCGCCACCGGCAUCGUCGAGGCUGUCGUCGACAAGAUCACCAACCACGUUAAGCGCGUCACCGACAAGGAUCUCGACUCCUUCCUCGAGGGCGACAAGCCCAAGGCCAUUCUAUUCACCGAGAAGGGAACCACCAGCGCCCUCUUGCGCAGCGUCGCCAUUGACUUCCUCGACGCCGUCAAGGUUGGCCAGGUCCGCAGCAAGGAGUCUGCAGCUGUCGAAAAGUUUGGAGUCAAGUCUUUCCCUACUCUGGUUCUCCUGCCUGGUGGCGACCAGGAACCCAUUACCUACGAUGGAGAGAUGAAGAAGGACGGUCUGGUCAAGUUUAUUUCUCAGGUCGCCGAGCCUAACCCCGACCCUGCGCCCGCCAAGGACAAGAAGAAGGCUGAGAAGAAGACGGAAAAGAAGGAGGAGAAGAAGGCCGACAAGAAAUCCUCCGCCAAGCCCGCCGCUGCCGAAGAGGCAUCCCAGGAGGCCGAGACGCCCACCGAGACCCCCGCUACCCAAGAGACUCCUGCUGCUCCUGCCACUCCCGCUAUUCCCGUCAUCGCCACUCCUGAGACUCUCCAGAAGGAGUGCCUCAGCCCUAAGUCUCACACCUGCAUCCUCGCCUUUGUCCCGACCAAGGAGAACGAGAAGGCCCAGAAGGCUCUCGGCAGCCUUGCUGAGCUCGCCCACAAGUACGCUAAGGGUCAGCGCAAGAUCUUCCCCUUCUUCUCCGUUCCCGAGGAGAACACCGCCGGCGCCUCCGUUAUUAAGGGUCUGUCCCUCAAGGGCGAUGUCGAGAUCGUUGCUCUGAACGCUCGCCGCAACUGGUGGAGACACUACGAGGGCGACUUCGACCUCGUAAGCGUCGAGAACUGGGUUGACGCUAUCCGCCUGGGUGAGGGUGCCAAGAAGAAGCUUCCUGAGGGCGUGGUAGUCGAGGAGGUCGAGACCCCCAAGGAGAGCACCGAGUCUACUGCGGCUACUGAGCCCACCCCCGAGCCGGAAACUGAGGCUCCCAAGGAGGCGGCAUCUGAGACCCCUGCUGCGCACGACGAGUUGUAA